UCAAAGCUAGCUAGCUCCUUCCGUCGGUGGCACCCAUAACGCUCUUGCUCGCUAGCUAGCUGCUGCCAUGGAGGAUUCUGCAGCCGGUUCCAGUGAUGAUGCCAAGAGUAAUACUACUUGUCCCCGAGGUCACUGGAGGCCCGCUGAGGAUGAACAACUCCGGCAACUGGUUGAAAAAUAUGGUGCUCAGAACUGGAACUCGAUUGCAGAGAAGCUUCAAGGAAGAUCAGGGAAGAGUUGCAGAUUGAGGUGGUUUAAUCAACUUGACCCUAGGAUCAACAGACGGCCAUUUACGGAGGAGGAAGAAGAAAGACUUCUUGCAGCUCACCGCAUUCAUGGGAAUAAGUGGGCUCUCAUAGCAAGGCUAUUCCCCGGUCGAACGGAUAACGCUGUGAAGAAUCACUGGCAUGUGAUCAUGGCAAGAAAACAAAGAGAACAAUCCAAGAUAUGCGGGAAGAGAACAUACCAAGAUGUCUACAAUGACUCCAAAACCUCUAGUAAUUUUAAUGAGAGGAAAACAACAUGUCAAGGGGAGUUUAUCUCAAGAAUUGGGUCUGAGAGCAGCAGACUCUUUGAAUUCCGAAGCCCCAAUAAAGAAAAGAUAGCUGCUGAUUCACCUUCAAAUUGUCUGCUUUCUUGGAACUUCACCUCAAUGGCAACAGUAGCAAAUAACAACUCACCUUCAAUGGAUUUUCUGAGAAGAUCAUCAGAAGGAAGGGACUACUUCAACUCAAGUUCGACUAGGCAUUGCAUUUCGGAGUACUCUAAAAUUUCAGAUCAAUAUCUUCAUAGAUACCAUCCAACUUCUUCGGUACUGUAUGGCGGUUACCGGCGGCCAGGUUCCACUACUACUACUACAUUUGGACUUCCAAACUACACCAAGGUUGUUCCUAGUCCCUUUGGCUACCUUAACCUUGGUAAUGAUUAUGAAGUACCCAAUGGAAGGGCGUCCAAUAGAUCAGAGUUAUUGAGUUUUUGCGAGAAGUCAAUACCCACAUUAGCAAAGUUGAGGGCAACUGCAGAGCAAGAGCAUGGAGAUGAAUCCAUUAAUGAACCAAAGGAAAUCCCCUUCAUCGAUUUUCUUGGUGUGGGAAUCUCUUCUUGAUUAUCACAGAACAUGAGUCCCCCC